AUGACUGCUGGCACGAAGCGCUUACUAAAAAGCUAUUGCAGAUAUGUGUAUUACGCAGGAGCCGGAAAUUUUUGGUACCAGAAUAUUUUCCCAGAAACAGGCUGCUACAAAAUUUACAGCACCGUUUCAUUUACUGUAUACUUCGUUAUGAUUCUUCUCGAAAAUCUCGCGUUUCUAUUCGGAGAUUUUCCCGAAGUGGAAAAAAAGUCUGCCAUGAUGUUUGCUGCUAUUCACGAUAUUAUUCUCAUUAAAAUGUUUCUUCUACUUUACCAUAAAAGCUCUAUUAAGAAAUUAAAUUAUGAAAUGGCUACAGUUAUGGAAUCAAUCGAAGAGGAAAAGGUUAUGGAAAAACAGCACAGGAAAGUUAAAUUGGGAAUCACGUUUUAUAUAAUAACAGUGUAUCUAUCUUUGACUGCAUAUGGUGUCGAGAGUCUAAGGAAGACAAUUGUUGAAGGGACUCCUUUCUACACCGUGGUCACGUACCUCCCUCAUUACCAAGAUGACUCCGUAACUGCUAGUAUAUUUCGUGUGUUUUUCUAUAUGACUUGGCUGUACAUGAUGCUGCCUAUGAUUUCAGCUGAUUGUAUGCCUAUUAUCCAUCUCAUCACAAUAGCGUAUAAGUUCAUCACGUUAUGUCAACAUUACGAGAGGAUAAGACGAAAAUUCGAUGAGAAUGUAUUAAACAUGAGAAACGAAGCAGCUGCUAUGGUAUUGAAAGCUGGGUGUUUAGAUGGAAUUCGUAUGCAUCAGAAAUUGAUGUUUCUUGCAAAUGAAAUUCAUCGCGUAUUUGGAAUCAUAAUGUCACUACAAGUUUGUGAAAGUUCGGCAGUGGCAGUCUUGCUUUUGCUUCGCUUAGCGCUUUCUCCUCAUCUGAACCUAACGAAUGCCUUCAUGACAUACACGUUUGUAGGCUCUCUGUUCUUUUUACUUGCUCUGAAUCUUUGGAAUGCAGGCGAAAUUACUUAUCAGGCAUCACUAUUGGCGGACUCGAUGUUUUAUUGCGGCUGGCAUCUUUGUCAGAUGGACCAACGACCCCAUUACGACAUAAGACGUUUGGUUAUCAUUGGGUGUGCCCAGGCGCAAAAGCCGCUAAUACUCAAAGCUUUUGGUAUUCAGGAUCUCUCAUAUACCACGUUUGUAUCGGUGGCAAGAAUGACGUAUUCGAUUUUCGCUGUAUUUUAUCAGCGCCGGGAGUGA